UCGGCUCGGCUCGGUUUUUCACCGUGUCUCCGGCGAGGCAGCGCAGAGAGGCUGAACGCGGGGCUUUCGGGGACCGCCCGGCUCCCGAGCUGCAAAACCCCGCGUCGCCCCCGUCGGGAGCAGAGCGGAGCCUGGGGCUGCUGGGGCGUCAGCUCGGGAAGGGGAAGUUGGGGCUGCAGAAAAGUUGGUCACAGGCUUCGCCCGGCGGGUGGCAGAGCGGGCAGGGCCGUCGCCGCCACCGCCUCGCCGCCGCCGCGCUGCAGGCAGCCGAGGCAGCGCUCGAGAGGCGGUGGGUUGCGAACAAACUUUGAUUCCUGCUACAACAGAUGUCAGAGUUUUCUUGGGUUUUGGCUGCGUCUGGGGACAUCUUGUGAUGUUUUAGAGAACAGGACAUGAUCUCACAUGGCGAGAAGCUCUUUAGUUUCUUAAUCAUUUCACGGUUCCUUCAGAGGCUUUUUUCCACCUAAAACGUUUAGUUUCAGCUCAGUGAUCAGCUGCAAAAGCUCGGCGGGGAGCGGAAGAGUUGAAUUAUUCCAACCUGCGAGAGCCCCUCAAAAAAAAAAGGGGGGGGGGGGGAAGAAAACGAGAAAAAGAAGAAAAAGGAAAAGAGCAAAGAGAGACAGAAAAAAAGAGGAAACAGAAAAAAAAAGAAAAUAGAAAAUAAAAGAAAAGAAGAAAGAGAAGAAAAGAGAAGAAAAGAGAAGAAAAAAGAAGAGAAGAAAAGAGAAGAGAAGAAAAAAGAAAAGAAAAGAAAAGAAAAGAAAAGAAAAGAAAAGAAAAGAAAAGAAAAGAAAAGAAAAGAAAAGAAAAGAAAAGAAAAGAAAAGAAAAGAAAAGAAAAGAAAAGAAAAGAAAAGAAAAAAGAAACAGAAGAGAAAAGAAAAAAAAACAACAGGAAAAGAAAGAAGAGAAAAUAAAAGAAGAGAAAAGAAAGAGUAAAGAAAGAGAAAAGAAAAAGAAGAAAAGAAAAGGCAGUAACCACAAAACGUGGAAACUUUUUUCUCUGUCCAUUUCACCAAGUCCUGAAAAAUCGGGAUGGAUUUAGAGAAAACCUACGCGACCCCACGGGCCGGCCGGACAGGACAUGGAGGUGUGAAUCAGCUGGGGGGUGUUUUUGUGAACGGCCGCCCCCUCCCAGAUGUUGUUCGCCAAAGGAUCGUGGAGCUUGCCCACCAAGGGGUCAGGCCGUGUGACAUCUCCAGGCAGCUCCGUGUCAGCCAUGGCUGUGUCAGCAAAAUACUUGGCAGGUAUUAUGAAACCGGUAGUAUUAAGCCUGGAGUGAUUGGAGGAUCAAAACCAAAGGUCGCCACACCCAAAGUCGUCGAAAAAAUUGCGGAGUACAAACGCCAAAAUCCUACCAUGUUUGCCUGGGAGAUCAGGGAUAGACUUCUUGCUGAGAGAGUAUGUGAUAAUGACACCGUGCCCAGCGUCAGUUCAAUUAACAGGAUCAUACGGACAAAGGUGCAGCAGCCACCCAAUCAGCAAGUCCCAGCCUCCAGUCACAGCAUAGCCUCCACAGGGUCCGUCACCCAGGUGUCCUCUGUGAGCACAGACUCCGCCGGCUCGUCCUACUCCAUCAGUGGGAUUCUGGGGAUUGCCUCCCCCGGCACCGAGAGCAACAAGCGCAAGCGAGAUGAAGGUAUUCAGGAAUCUCCAGUACCAAAUGGCCAUUCUCUCCCGGGUAGAGACUUUCUUCGGAAACAGAUGCGAGGAGACCUUUUCACCCAGCAGCAGUUAGAAGUGUUGGAUAGAGUCUUCGAGAGGCAACAUUAUUCUGACAUUUUCACAACAACUGAGCCCAUCAAACCAGAGCAGUGGUGCUCCAUGCUGAUGAGACAGUACGUGGUACAACCGCAGGCAGUCAUUUUUCAGGCAACUGAAUACUCAGCCAUGGCAUCAUUAGCUGGUGGAUUGGAUGACAUGAAGGCCAAUAUAACCAGUCCUACUUCUGCAGAUUUAGGAGCCAGUGUUCCUGGACCUCAGUCAUAUCCUAUCGUAACAGGUCGUGAGCUGGCAAGCACAACCCUCCCAGGAUACCCUCCACAUGUCCCCCCUGCCGGACAGGGCAGCUACUCAGCUCCAGCGCUGACAGGAAUGGUGCCUGGGAGUGAGUUUUCUGGGAGCCCAUACAGCCAUCCACAAUAUUCAACGUACAAUGAUUCCUGGAGGUUUCCCAAUCCUGGACUCCUUGGCUCUCCUUACUACUACAGCGCUGCAGCCCGUGGAGCAGCCCCACCUGCAGCGGCUGCUGCCUAUGACCGCCACUGACCCUGGAGCCCGGAGCUAAAGCACUUACUAAAAUAUACUGCCUGGGACAACUGCAUUGAGUCACCUUGCCACAACCAUGCAAGUCACCCUGCAAGGGAAGGAGAAAGUAUCUAGUAGGAACAAGCUAAUUGAAAUUUUACUCUUUAGACUUGGUGAACUUAAUAUUGUUGUUUUCUUAAUUCUGGAGGUGUUAUCCAGGUCUCAAACAAAAUGAAGAAGCAGGAGGACAUAGUUCUCCUAACACUUCAUGUGGUCAUAAAAAUGCAGUAGUUUCAUGUCUUUUGCAGCCGGCUGGCUACUGCUUUAAUUGCCUGUGGGUGCCAUGGCUGUAUCUGGGGAUAAGGAAGAGGCUUGAGCCUCCCUGCUUGGGGUGGCUUCCUCUCACUGCACACUGAAACAGGCUGUGAGACAACGCAAUUUUUAUUUUAUUUUUUAAAUUUUUGUUGCAAAGAAAGAUCAGUCCGCUCAAUUUUACACAAGCAGCACUGUAAAUAUUUGCUUGUUUGUAUUACUAUGAGUGACUUAGCAUAAGCAGCAACAUUGUACAAAUAUGAACUCAAAAUACAUCUGAAAAUGUGUUUUGAAACUGGUGCACUGAUUCAAAGAAUUCAGUAAGCUUUAAGCAACUUUGAACCAGGUUAACACUCAUGGUGGCUGUAUUUCAGGCUGAUGUUACUUCUGUGUACAGCAUCCUUUCUGACAGUGGUGUAUGAUCAUGCUAUAUGCUGGUAUCAAACUCAUGGGCAACAGAAAGACAUGGGCAAUUUUGUGACAGUUUAUUGCUUAAUAUUCAUUUAUGUUCAUUUGUCAUCAUAAUGAGCACUGAAACAAAUUCUCUGGUUUCAAGUUAAACAGCAUCCAAGAAGGAAUCAUAGCAGACACCUUUUGUACAUCUCAAUAGGUUGUAUGCUAAAAUCCAAUUAUGAACACUUUGAGAGGAAGGGGAAAAAUAAUUUUUGUGAAAUGGACAUGCUUAACAGGGUAUAUUGUGCACAAGGGCAGCCACAUGUGCUUCCUGAACCAAACUGGUGAGGAAGGCACUCAUUUUGGGGGGUCUGUACAUUUAAGUGAAGGCAUCUCUCAAGUCAUUCUAAUAACAUGGAGGAGAGCAAUUUCAAAUUCAAGCCACUGCAGUCUAUACUGGUGUCAUGGAGAAUUUUGCCCUGUUAAUUCUGUGUUUCUUCCCCUCCUGCUCAAAGAGGGAGCACUAAUGGUGACAUUUUGUUCAAUGUUCACUGUUUCCUGGGGCUAAUGAAUAGAGCAGCUUACAAUUGAUCUGGUAAGCAACUACUCCGAUCACUGCUCUUCCCAGGGAACUGAGAAAAAUGCUGAUUUCUUUCUGCACCGUCCCCCUGCACCAGUCCUGGUUGCAGCUAACUUUAGUCAUGUAUUGGUACAACAUAUGUGCCCAGCCCCUCCUGAAAGCAGUGGCAAAGCUCCCUGGUCCUGCUGAGAUGAAGAUUUGACUGUAGCCUCUGGCAGUGUGAAGCUCCCAGAGGCAACCAUGCUUACUUACAUGGAUCUGCACAGACACUGCAAAGGGAUCUCGCUGGUGUGUGCCUGUGUGUUUCCCAAAGUUGAAAAAGGGUUGUUGGUGUUGAACCUGAAAUACAGUCCCAUAUACAAUCAAGUAUAAACAUUUGCUUCUAGUUUUACAAGUAUUUCUUUGUAAUGGCAACUACUGAGUUAAUAUUUCUCCCUUUCCUUACUCCCUCCCCCCUACCCUGCACCUCAUCUCUUGUGCUGCAUGUCUGGUAUCUUGACCUUAAUGGCCACUGAUCCAUUCAGAAAGAGUCUCUGUGUGCUCUCCCAGUUUUGGUGGCAUGCUUUAUGUGUUCUCAUGCUACAAAAAUGCAGCCACCACUUUCAAGUUUCCAGGUGAGAUGUGUUCAGAUCCUCAAAAGCCAUGAAUGGUCCCAUUGGUCCCAUUGGCUUAAAUGUUUCCAUCUAAUCCAGAAUUAAGUUCUGUGAGUAUGUGAAAAACUUACCCAUACAAAAAGACCUCCUUUUAUUUUUCAGCCAUUAAUAGCUGAUACACAAACACACACACACACACACACAUCUUCAAGAAAAAUAACAGCACAGGCAAAUCAUCUAUAUAGAAACCUUCUGAAGAUUUGCUUUGUGUCACCCUUUCUAAGCCAUCACGACAUGCUGUGUCGUUUUGUACCCUGGUGGUAAAGCUGCAAAGGGAGUUUCUGUUCCUGGUUAGUGUUUGUGUGGGAGUCUUCACACUUGCUCUUGACUGAGGCGUGCACAUUGUGUGCAGGGGCACAUACUGAACACACCUGCCUUUUCUGUAAUCUUGGGAAGUGAAAAGGCUAUCUGACAAUAGCUGAAGAGAAAAGAAAUGAACAUUUGACAGCAUGACAUGAAGGUGCGGGUUAUGGCUCCAGAGCAGAGGUGGGGAUGAGCUAUAAGAGCUACAGACACCACCUGGUCAGUGAUUAGGCUGGUCUUAAAGCUACUGUUUGUGUCUUUCAUGUGAGGGAAGAGCAGCUCUUGUUGAUUACAUGUGGGUGGUUUCACCAGCUCUGAAUACUACCUGGGAAACGUUUUUUUUUUUUUUUUUUUUUUUUUUUUUUGGUUUGGUUUGGUUUGGUUUGGUUUUGUUUUGUUUUUGUUUUGGUUUUGUUUUGUUAUUUCACUAGUGGCAUGGCUUGUAUGACUUAAACUCAUUUGGGUAACAUUCAGAAGACUAAACAUGAGACUUCAGCAGUUGUUACUAUGCUCAGGAACGAGACUUUUAGUUAGGGUAGGGACUUACAAGAGGCACAACAGGUAUAUUUCAUCCUAAGGAUCUAUGCAUGCCCGUGGAUGAAAUGACCUAGAUGCUUAGGCUUAGACCUGAUUUGCCUUAAUGCUUUCAUCAAGAUCCCCUAAGGGUUGGCCCUUGUCCAGAGUCAUCUUGCAGUGCAUGCUGGUGGGCUCUAUCCAGUGAGCCAGAGUGGGGGUGAAGGGCACACACGGUGCAGGUUCACAGGCCAUGUACACGUCCCCUCCCUGCCUGUGUGCCCCUGGUCGCAGCUGCAGAGGUGAAACUACAAACACCCAUCCUUGCACACACAUGGCGAGAUCUGUGUCUGGCCCACCUUCCCAAAACAUUGCUGAGGAUCCCUGGCAGAUGUGGCCUGCCUCUGUCUGCUACGAUUGUUUCUCUGCAAGAAACACAAGUAGGAUUUAGCCCAAUAAGUAUGCACACUGUACUUCUAGAAAAGGCACUUCUUGUCAGUAUUUUCUGUUUCUGGGAAUAUUAUGCCUGGUAUUUACAAACUCCUUUCUUCAGGAAGUCUUGACUUUCUGUCGUAGUCUUCAUCAUGGGAAACCUUACUCCUUGGGGAAUGUCUUUGAAACUCAUCACUAGCAGAAAAUUGUCUUCCAAGGAUGACAGAAAGUUGCCUUCUGCAGCUCUUUUCCUUUGUGACCCUGGAGGACUGGAGGAAUGCUGCCUGUCUCACUGGUGCACUGCCUCCCCUCACUCACCCUACCAAUCCCCCAGGGAUGUUUGGGUUUCAUUCAGCGCCACAGACUACUGGACCUUCCUGUGAUGUAGCACUGCUUCACAGGGCUCAGCUUGGGUCAAUAGGGAGCAGAUCAACAACACACAAACCCAAGGCAGAGGUGUGUGCACCUGUGCUGUAUGCAGUACAAAUGACCCAAGCACUGCUGGGGAUGUAUGCAAUCUCUAGCAGAUGUAUGCUCUGUACAAAGACUGGCUGAAGAGACUUUUACAAAACUCUCAGUGCUUAGGCUCUUUUUUCAAAUGUGCUAGCUGCAGUGGAGGCUGUUGAGUGAAGUGGAAACUGUAAGCAAGUCAUCAUUUGGUGUUGCAAAAAGGGAAGAAAACAUAGUGAACGCUGGUAUUAAUCUGCUGAGUCUGUUUCAGGUUUUCCAGAACAGUUUUGAGGGUCAUUGACACCCAGCCAAAAGCACUGGGGCUAGGGGCAUGGUAGGCCCUGUUUAUGUUUCACUCAGGCAGAAUGCCCUGUAGCACCGUGUAUCAUUACCAGCCUCUUGCAGAGAUCAGCCCCAUAACGUGUCUUUAGGCAGUUUCAUCACUGAGUUGUUUAAUGCAGCUAGACUUUUUUUUUUUUUUUUUUUCCCGUAGUGUGCGCUCGAGCAAUAAAUUUAUCAAGUACAUUUCCAAUACAGACAGGCAUAGAAAUAAAGUCUGAGAGAUGGAGAGAGAGAAAAUGCUGACGUAAAACUAAAUCAACAAAGUCCGUGAGCUAAUGUUACAUGAACUGACUUGUUAAGGAAGCCCUUAAUCAAAUGCUAUAAGAGUGUGACCAUAAGGAAGACACAAAAAGUUGUGGGCAUUGAAUUAGCUUAGCAUCUACGUGCGAAGUUUCAACUAGAGAGGAAUUAUCAUAAGAUGGCUCCCACCAACUGCAGAGCUAAGCAUGUCUCAGGACCAGAUGCUUAGACUGAAGACUUUGAUAGCUAUUAAAUCAGGAGGCCAGAGAGUAAGUGUUUUAUUCAGAGAUGCAGAGAUGUCAAAGUAAAGCUUUGAUUUGCGCUGGGACUGCAGGCUCCAGAAGCAGAGCCUAGGUGUUGUAGGCCUUUGUGAAGGAGAUAGCAAAGGAAGAAGCAGCACCAGGAGAAGAAAAAGAAAAAAGAAAGAGAGGAAAGAGACUAACUGAAAAGCGGUUUUUGGAAGAAAAGUAAAGUUGAACAGAAAACUGAUGGGGCAUUUGUGAUCCUUCCACUGUCCUUCUGUAGCUGAGUUCUCUCACUGAUGCAAGGUACAAUGGCUGUGCACUGUGGAGAGCAGAGAGAUGAUGAGGUCACUCACUGCACGGGGUACUGGCAACCACUUGCUGUGCACAAGUGUUCUGCCAUACCCCUUCUUGACUGAUGGGAUUACAUUCCUUUUUUUCAUUUUCUGUAAUUUAUCUCUUCUACAAGUCCUUUAGCAUGAAGAAGAAUGGAAGCCAUGUUAUAAUGUUGUUUAUUGCCAAGCACAAAUACCAAUAGCUCCAAAGCAUUAUGGCACAUAGACCAGUUAACAUGUGUGGCUGGCAGCUGGAGCAGCUACAAGGCUUCAGUAAAGUGUCCUCCCUGGUAUUGUAUUCUUUCUUGCAUGUGCGUGCCUGUGUGUGUCACUAGGACACCUGAGGCCAUGGUCCAUGGCAGGAGCACAGCGUUAAGCCAACCCCCCCUGUGACUCUGUCCCAUCAAAUGCUGGGAAAACCUGCUUUUCCUUUUGGAUUCACUGAGAGCUCUAGGGGGCCAACAGCCCCUGGGUACUGUACCCUGCAGUCUUGUGCAAAGCGACAGCCCUGUGUGGGGCUGCCCACAGGCAGACAGUGCCAGGCUGGGCUGCAUGCACCGACAUAGGCCCGGAGCGCACAUCCCAAGCUGCAGCCUAUGAUCACUCUGCACUGAAGGCAGAGAGCGAAGUGGCAGCAAAAGGCUCAAGCCAGGGAUCUGCUCUGCACUGCUGUGCCCCUCAGACAGAAACCCACUCUUAUUUCAGACAUGUUACAGCAGCAUGAGAAAUUGGAAACAUUCAAAAGGAUUGGAACCUGGUUAGUAUUGCUUUUCUGGUGGAGCUAAUAAGACUUGGUGAGCAAAUACUGAGUGAAAAGCACUGUAUACAGGUGCUUGGUGCCAGAAUUGCUCAUUUCAGCAUUGCAGGUGGCUUAGUUUUUAGCUGUAGCUGAGAUCUCUGCUUACUAGUCCUGAGAGAGGACAAACUUAAUUAAAAAGCUUCAGAGUAAGAGCCAGACUGAAGAUGCUUUGCAGGAUGCAAUCUCAGCACUGUAGUGAAUGUGCGUGCCUGUGUGUAAAUAUUUAUGUGCACACCUGUGUGCAUUUGUAGGCAUGCUUGAAUCUCCCAGUCUGUGGGGAAUUGUGAUAGGACAGACCUGAAGCCUGCUGAUAGCCUUUCCACUCAACUUGUGACCACGCUAUUAAACUUGUGUGUCUGGAGUUUUCUACUCUGCCUUGUAAAGCGAGACAGAAAAUGACCCGUGGGCAUUUAGAUCUUUCUUUUGCUUCAUUCAGCCUUGUAUUGCAAAAAAACUGUCCUGGUUUUUCACUUUCUAGUGGCCUUUGUACAUUCUGAAAUUACAGAAACUCAUUUCAUUGCAAAUGGGAUUUAUUUCCAAAAAAAAAAAAAAAAAAAAAAAAGAAGAACAUGCUUUUUUUUUUUUUUUCCUUUCUUUCUUUUUCUUCUUUUUGCUUCUUGGAGACAAACUACUUUCUAUUAGGAACUUCUAGCAACAAAGAAAUACAUAUCUAUUGUAUCCACCAAAGUCUGCAAUGCCUGCAUUGAAGCUUACUUCUUAUAAGAGAGGGG